AUGUCUUCAGAAUAUUCUCAAGAAAUCCAGCACAAAAGGUUUGAUAAAGGUAAAUUUUAGCCAGAAAUUAGCCUUCUCACUCAAAUUGAUCGCCGAAUAUCCACAACUUCUCAUUUCACUCCAUUUGGAAUGAUUAUUCGUGCAGAAUUAUCUCCAGAAUUCCUUCAAGGCAUAUAUAAUCAUCCAGUAAUAUUCGAUAUCCACCUUGAAGGAAAAUACCCAUUUCAAUCCCCAAAGCUCCUCUGUGAAUCUGUGAUUGGUUUCCCAUCCUGUGCUGAUGGCCGUGACAUCCUUUUAGACGUAACCAAUCGAAAAUGGACCCCUAACAUUACAGCUUCUGAAAUAAUCAGAAUUUUGCCAUCAUUCGUAUCGCGGCUCGUGGCUCUUUCACAAAGCAAACUCCAAAGCCUUGACAUCGGUAAAUUUCAUUUGGGCUCCCCUAUGUAUUUAGAAACAUGGGAUCGAAAAGAUAAAAUGGGCUGUUUUUAUGGAUAUGAGUUAGAUUUAAGAGACCCACGCAUUGCAAAAGAGAGGGUGCUUGUGGUAUCUCAUACUGUGAUUUUAGAGCUGGAUUUAAGCACAAAUUACCCUGGGAUCGGGCAUUUAUUAAGCUGGGCUACUUUACAAAGUUUAAAUGCAAUCAAAAAAUCAAAGACUGAAAAGGAUAGGUUGACUUUUGAAUGGAAAAAAAUCGGGGAAAACCCAGAAUAUAAACAAAUUUUUAAGCUGAGGGAAGCUGAUGCAUGUGUCGAACUAAUAUCACAAAAUCUGCAUAGACUUGGAGCAAUUGUAAAAAAAAAUUCGAAGCUUCCUCAGUUAAAAGAAGAAGAAAUGACUGGGAAAGCUACAAAAAGUAUGAAUAUUAAAGAAAUAUUGCAAGCCAUCUCAAUUUAUGAGAGUAACUUUGACAAGAGAAUGAGUGUUGAAAUGGUGAAUUCUUUGAUGGCUUUAUACCAGCAAGCUAUUGAAUUUUUUUCAGCUAAUAAUGAUUCUCAAUACGAUAUAUUUGUAGAGAGGUUACAUAAUUUUUUAUCAAAUGAUAUUGUACUUAUGCUGCUUGCAAGCGAAAAAGAAGAUGCAGCAGCGUCAAAGGAACAAAAAGAGAAAGAAGAAAGCAAAGUGCAAGAAGAAAGAAAAGUACAAGAAGAAAACAAAGUGCAAGAAGAGAAUAAAAAGGAGAUAGUUGAAGAAGUAAAAGAAAAUAAAAAAGAACAAACAAAGGAAAUAAAAGUAGAUGAGAUUAAAGGGGAAAAAGAGGAAGUUUUUGUAAGCGCUAAACAAGAAGAAGCGCUUAAAGAGGAAUUUGUAAUUGGGAAUGAGGAAGAUGGAGACUUAGAAGUAAAAGAUGCAGCAAACCAAGGUCAGGAGGAAGAAAAAAAAGAAAAUAAAGAAAUUGUUGAAGAGAAAAAAACAAAUGAAGAAAAUAAAGUCAUUGAAGAGAUAAGAGAAGAUGAGUCCAAUCAGCCUAUUGAUGCAAUUAAAAGUGAUGAGAAGCACAAUCUAAAUGAAACCAACCAAGAAAAUACAGUCUCAAAUGCAAACCCAGAAAGUUCAGAAGCCAAUGAGUCACAAGAAAACGAAAAUCCUUUUUCAAUCGAAUAG